UUUCUCUUUCGUCGCCGAACCAAACUCUUCGGACACAAACUAGAAGGAAGUCUUCGAAUCAGAGAGAUUCUCUAUCCUUUAGAUCCGGAAGUUGCUUGGCGAGAGAAGAUGACAGUGAUCGACAUUCUAACCAGAGUUGACACGAUCUGCAAGAAGUACGACAAGUACGACGUCGACAAACAGCGUGAGUCCAACAUCUCCGGCGAUGAUGCUUUUGCUCGUCUCUACGGAGCUUUCGAGACUCAAAUCGAGACAGCUCUCGAGAAAGCUGAGAUUGUUACCAAGGAGAAGAACAGAGCUUCUGCUGUUGCGAUGAACGCUGAGAUCCGCAGGACCAAGGCUAGAUUGUCGGAGGAAGUUCCCAAGUUGCAGAGACUUGCUCUCAAGCGGGUGAAGGGCCUUACGACGGAAGAGCUUGCUGCGAGAAACGAUUUGGUACUUGCGCUUCCGGCGAGGAUUGAAGCUAUACCUGAUGGGACAGCGGGUGGUCCUAAAAGCACUAGUGCUUGGGCUCCUUCUACAACGUCUCGUCCUGAUAUUAAAUUUGAUUCAGAUGGGCGUUUUGAUGAUGAUUACUUUCAAGAGUCACAUGAAUCCAGCCAGUUCAGACAGGAGUUUGAGAUGCGGAAAAUUAAACAGGACCAAGGUCUGGACAUGAUCUCCGAAGGUUUAGAUGCUUUGAAGAACAUGGCGUCUGACAUGAACGAGGAGCUGGACCGGCAAGUUCCUCUGAUGGAUGAAAUCGACUCAAAGGUGGACAGAGCAACCUCGGAUCUUAAGAACACCAAUGUUAGACUCAAAGAUACUGUGAACCAGCUGAGGUCAAGCAGGAACUUCUGCAUCGAUAUUGUUUUGUUGUGUAUUGUUCUGGGUAUCGCUGCAUACUUGUACAAUGUACUGAAGUAAUGAGAUGAACAAGAAAGGACCCAUCACUACUCUCUCUUGCCAUCUGCUAUUAAAGUUUCCUACCCGAGUCAAUGUCUGUGUGCUUGUUUCUGGUGGUAUUUGUGUGAUCUUUCAACGGGAGUUUCUUCUUAGUGUCAAGACUGUUCAAGUUGUUUCUUCUGUCGAGUUGUUUCCAUGUUGUUCAUGUCCAUUACAUGAUGAAUAUAUAUAACCUUGUUAAAUUUACCAAAUUUAUGUAAUUCCAUUCA